AUGAGAGAAAAGAGCGGGUUUCGCUGGAUAUCCAUGCGCAGCGCCUCUCUUUUCUUGGGCCCCUUCUGCCUGGCGGCCAUCGGCUUGUCUCUGCCAGUGUCCUCUACGCCGCCAGCUGCGCCGCCGCAACAGGAAACGAUCGCUCCAGAGUGCAGCGGCGAGGAGGGGUUGAGGUUGACUUUUCAGGUGCAAGACACCGAGAAGAAAUUCAAAUGUCCGAAGGGCUGGGUGUUGGAGCCGACGGCGGUGACCGCGGCGUUUCAGGGGAAGGCUUCGGAAGUGGAGCUGGAGAGGCUCGUUGCUGGAGCGAAGCUGGAGGAGUCAGAGAAGGUGUACAAGUUGUCCCUUCCCUCUGGUCCAAGCCGGAAUCCGCGGACGUGGUAUUACUUGUGCAAGGGGUCGGAAGCCAGUGGCGAGUCGGGGGGGGAUGGCGGUGAGCCUUCUCAUCCCGGAAGUCACAUGAAAUCUGAGGCUGAUCCUAGACUUGAUGGUAACCCUAGUCCAUCUGGCGUUCCGAAGAGAGGGGAAGGAGCAAAUAAAGGAGGCGAAGAUGCAAAUAAUGGCGUGAACAACGAGGACGUCGGUGAUCAGGUACUCCCCCAUGAGAUAUCGGAGCCUCACGGCGGGGGCGGCCUUGGUCCCCAACACGGACUAGGUAAUGGUCAUGAAGAAAAUCCCAAGGUGCAAGGAGAGAAUGACAAGGAGAAGAAUGGCGAGCACACUGAGCUGGGGCCGCCUGGUGUCCAUCCCAGCGCUCAACCACCCACCGGGUCUCGGGAUGAAACGGAUCCGGUCGUUGCGGACAGAGCUCCUGCUGAUGAAAAGGAGAAAGAGAAGGGACCUGAACAUGCCCUGGAGACGCUCGACCUGGGCUCCGGUCUCGUCCCUGGCGGUGCAGCUCCUGCCGCACUCAGCAGAAAAGCCUUCCGCACUUCUGGCGAUUCCAAACCCGAGUCCGUUACACCAACCCUGAAAACGUGCAAAGUGACGGUCCAAGUCCUCCCAUCCACUGUCAUCGAGUGCAACGCUGGUGAAACGAAAGCAGCGACAGUCUCCGCGGUUGGCUCUCCAGUAGCCUUCAAAUGCGGAGCUGGCCUGAGUCUAGAAUCAACAGCCCUGGAUAAGGUGUAUGACGACAAGGACGGCAAGUGUGCGUCACAGGUGGCGCUCUCCAGUCUGGUUGACGGAUCGCUGUCCGUCGUCAGUCCGGAGAAGGAGACAGAGGCUGAGCCGAAGAAGUACUUCUUUGGAGUGGACGUGCUGCCGACUGAGCAGCAGGCGCUGUGCUACAAGUGCGUGGAGACUUCGUCUUCGGAGAAGGAGGCGAGCGGCGGCGCAGCGGAUGCUGGGAAGGAGUGUCAGGUCAAGAUCACGGUUGCGUCACCGGCUGUGUCGGCGGCGCCAGGGGCCGUGAGCUUCGCAUGCGUCGCUUUGUUUGGAGCGGUCGCAGGUGGUCUGUUUUGA